AUGGUUGACGGUAGCGUGCAUGUAUGGGGUGCGAAUGGUAAACCAUCUCUGAUCUCAGUUGAGAGUAUUGCCCUCGUAUGGUUUAUUAAGUCAUGUGAUUCGGAAGAGGCAAUGAACAUGGUAAAGGGAAUACAAGUAGUAUUUUCUAAUAACACAGAUCUAUCGCCAGACGAAAAAUUACCUGUACUGAUUUUAGAUAAUGGCAUAAAAGUUUCCGGCUACGUGAACAUUGUGCAGUUCUUGGAGAAGAAUGAACAUACUGCCAAAUAUGAAAAAAGCAGAAAUGAUGAAGAGACCUUGCAACGGAACCGUCUUUUGGAAUAUGCUCUAUUGAAUUUUAUUGGUAUUGAAUUUUCAAGAUUGUCGGAUUACCAGCUCUUCCUGAACACUAAAAAUUACAAUGAAUAUACCAAGAAGUUAUUUUCCAAACUAUUAUAUUUUCCGAUGUGGUACAAUACUCCAUUGCAAUUAAGAUCACGAGCACGUGAAAAUUGCCAGGAGAUUAUAGGGUCCAUAACUCUUGAAGAUGAUGAAGAUUUUGUUGAAAGUAAAGCGCUAGAAUCUGCAUCACAAUUGGCGCAAUCAAAAACUUUCAAAAUUACUCAUGAGAACAACGUUAAGAAUAAGCAAGACCUGCAACAGGUGAAAUACAAUCUACAAUUCGAUAAUAGACUAAAAACUUGUAUUAAGCAUUGUUUGCAAGUCCGUAAGAAAUUGGAUGAAUCUGUGGUGCUUCCUCCUGAUAUUCUUUUCUAUGCAAAUAUUUACGUUCAGCUAAGCUUACCUGAUGGGAAUCGAGUGCGUUCAAAAUUGGAACAAACCUUUGGGGGUGAAUUUGUGAAUAAUACGUUAAAUAAGAUUGGCGAAUUUGUCCAGAGUUCCGAUAACGACUUGGAACAAAGAGACCCCCGAUUUAAAGAGCAAGGGAACGUUGUAAUGUCAUUGUACAAUUUAGCCUGUAAAUAUAUAUAA